AGGAGAGGGGAAGAGGAGAGGCUUGAAGUUGAAGCCGCAAAGAGAUUAUUAUGCCCAUCAUCUCCGACACUUGUCGACCAUGUCAUCCUCGUUCCUCCUUCGUUCAUCCAUCCCCUCCACCACCGCCCCAUCCCCGGCCCCUCCCGCCACCAUAUAACCCCACCCCCUCCAUCUCCACCGGACUCCCCCACCCACCCUCCUCCCUCCUCCUACCUCCCUCCUCCGCCGCCGCCGCCGCCGCCGUUUCCGAAACUCGAAACUUUCAAAUCUCUCCUCCAACACCCAAAGACCGGAGUCCCAUCGAAACAGGGGACAAAGGGGCCAAAAGGGUGCGUCUCCCCCGAGCUAUGAGAGUUCCCGUCACUUCCCAACCGCAAACAACCGCCGCCGCCGCCGCAGCCCAGUCCCUCAAGCCCGCCUCCGCCGCCGCUCCCCCGCCCCUCUGCUACGAGCCCACCUCCGUCCUCGACCUCCGCAGCCCCGCGUCGGACAAGCACCCCGAGGUCUCCGCCCUGACAGGGGGCGGGGGCGGCGGCGGCGGCGGCGGCGACGGCGAGGAUGGGUCCGCCGCCCUCCAUUGGGACGAGCAUGUGCUCCAGACCCUGGACUGGGACUCCAUCAUGAGGGACUUGGGCCUCCACGACGAUUCCGUACCUCCCUUCAAGGCCAACCCUCACGUCUGCCCCUCCGACGCCUUCCCGCCGCCGCCGCCUCCACCCCAGCACCAGCAGCAGCAGCAGCACCACCACCACCACCACCUCGAGCCGCCGGGUCACUUUCUCCCCCACGACUUCGCCCUCUCCGACGCCUACCCGAACCCGCUCGACUCGUGCGCCGACUCCCCCGCCGGAUGGAACGGCGGUCUCGGGCCCGAUUUCUUCGGCGAGCUGAUCCAGGCCGCCGAAUGCUUCGACUCGAGCGAGCUCCAGCUGGCGCAGAUGAUAUUGGCGCGGCUCAAUCAACGGCUCCGUUCUCCGGCCGGCAAGCCCCUCCAGCGAGCCGCCUUUUACUUCAAGGAAGCGUUCCAGUCGCUGCUUCUCCUCCAGUCCGGCUCCAACCGGGCUCCGGCUCGGCUCUCCUCUUGGCCGGACAUCGUCCAGACGAUCCGAGCCUACAAGGCCUUCUCCGGUAACUCUCCGAUCUCCAUGUUUACGCAGUUCACGGCGAUACAGGCCCUCCUCGAGUCGUUCGACGGCUCCAUGCUCUUCCACGUCGUCGACUUCGACAUCGGCUUCGGUGGCCACUACGCUUCGUUCAUGAAGGAGAUCGCGGAGCGAGCCGACUCGUGCAAGGUCCAGCCGCCGAUCGUGAGGAUCACCGCCGUCGUGCCGGAGGAGUUCGCGAUCGAGACGAAGCUCAUCAGGGACAACCUCUCGCAGUACGCGCACGAGCUCAAGCUCCGGUGCGACGUCGAGUUCGUCCUCGUCCGCACCUUCGAGAUGCUGUCCUUCAAGUCCAUCAGGUUUGUCGACGGGGAGAGCCUGGCGGUCCACCUGUCGCCGGCGAUCCUCCACCGCCUCGGGCCGGCGAGCAACGUCGCGAGGUUCCUCGGCGACGUCCGGCGGCUGAACCCCAGCAUCGUCGUGUUCGUCGACACCGAGCCGUGGGCGGACGCCGCCCCCCCGGCGUCGUUCAAGAGGAGCUUCCUCGGCUGCUUCGAGCACUACGCGACCGUGUUCGAGUCCGUGGACGCGGCGACCGGCGGCGGGGACUGGGCGAGGAAGAUCGAGGCGUACCUGCUGCGGCCGAGGAUAGCGGCGGCGGUGGAGGCUGCGGCGGCCAGGAGGGCGGCGCCGCCGUGGAGGGAGGCGUUCCACGGGGCGGGGAUGAGGGCGGUGAGGCUGAGCCAGUUCGCGGACUACCAGGCGGAGUGCCUGCUGGGGAAGGUGCAGGUGAGGGGGUUCCGCGUGGCGAAGCGGCAGGCCGAGCUGGUGCUGUGCUGGCACGACAGGGCCCUCGUCGCCACGUCAGCGUGGAGGUUUUAGUUCUCGCUUAGGAGGAGCGAGGGGGGGUGGUGGAGGGGUUAGGGUCCUCGAGGGUUCCCGUUAAUUGCACAAUAGUCCCCGUUGACCCGAUUUUUUUGUUUCUUCUUCUUCUUCUUCUUUCUUUUUUUUUUGUGGUGAUGAUGGUGUCUUAUUGGGGUGUGAUUUCGUCUUUCCUGGUUAAAAGCUCUCGACUUACUUGCAUAUAUAAAAUCCAAACACAAACAUGUUUGGUGGGUAUA